UUCUUUAUAUUGCCAAGAAAGAACAGACAAGGAAAGGAGUACCCAAACCAUACACAGAAGAAAAAAAACCUACCACCUGCUCUCUUUCUCUAAUGGCGACUUCCGAUCCGCAGAAAUUAAUGAGUAAAGCUGACAAAUUAACUAAACUUACUCUUACAAGAUGGAGUGCCGAUUGGCAGAAUGCUACUCAAUUAUAUGAACAGGCUGCUGUUGGGUUCAAGCUUUCUAAAGAUAAUCAGAAUGCGAAAACAGCAUAUGAGAAGGCCUCUAAGGGACAGGAGAUGCUCUCAUCUCCUUGGGAUGCUGCAAAGCAUUUGGAGUCUGCUGGUGCAGUAGCAAAGGACCUUGGCAACUGGAGUGAAGUUUCUGAUUUCUACAGAAGGGCGUCAGAAUUGUACACCGAAUGCGGAAGAUCACAACCAGCAUCAGAUGCUCUUGCAAAGGGUGCUCGUGCUCUCGAAGAAGCCUCCCCUGAUGAAGCUGUUCGGAUGUAUGGCGAUGCUUGUUCCAUCCUUGAAGAAGAUGAAAAGGAGCAAAUGGCCUUCGAUCUGUAUCGUGCUGCGGCGAAUGUUUAUAUAAAGCUUGAGAGGUAUACCGAUGCUGCAACUUUUCUAUUGCGACUGGGCUUAUCAGCUGACCAAUGCAAAGCUACCAACAGUCAGUGCAAGGCUUAUCUUAGUGCAAUAAUAGUCUACCUGUACGCGGACGACUUCAAGCAAGCAGAAAAAUGCUAUAACGAUUGUUCUCAGAUUGAUGCUUUUCUGAGUAGCGAUCAGAACCGGUGUGCUAGCAAACUUCUAUCUGCUUAUGGAGAAGGUGAUGUUGAAGAAAUUAAACGUGUUGCACAGUCGAGUACUGUUACACAUCUCGACCAUAUGAUCAUUAAACUUGCAAGAAAACUUCCCACAGGCGAUGUGAGCAAACACAAAUAUGGAGCAUCAAUGGAUGAGGAAGAGGAACCGUUGAACGAAGAUGAUCUUACCUAGUUUCUUUUUUCCCCACAGAAGUCUUUACAGGAAACACAACAGAAACGAGAACAGAAUAUGGUGUGGUGUUUCAUUAUAUUGUAGAGUUUGGUACUUCUAAAGUAUUAAAGGGAUUGUGUUUAUAAACGUUGAGUUCUGUACUUAUUGUAUUGAGUGGUGUUACAUGAGGAUAAUGAAUACAAGAAGUGGGUAAUUUGCUCGUGUAAUAUUAUUAUCCUCUUACUAGGAUUAAUCCUUGAGCUUAAAAUUAAAACAGUUUUACAGA